CAGUAAAUGGCAGCUUCAGCAGAAUGACACCGAUGAUGUAAUAGAGUGAGGGAGAUGAUGAUGGUGAUACAGGAAGACCGGUUGUCAGCUUUGUAAGUCAUCGGCUACAGCCACAGCAACCCCCGCCAGCCCAGGAAGCUUCUUCCAGAAGCAGGCCCUGAACAAGAUGCAUGUUCCUACUUCAGUCUCUGGAAGAUCUGGACACAAGUUUGAGGAAACUGAACUCCCGCCUGUUUGUCGUCCGGGGACAGCCAGCCGAUGUGUUCCCAAGGCUUUUCAAGGAAUGGGGGGUGACACGCUUGACUUUUGAAUAUGACUCCGAGCCCUUUGGGAAAGAACGAGAUGCAGCCAUCAUGAAGAUGGCCAAGGAGGCUGGUGUGGAGGUGGUGACCGAGAAUUCGCAUACCCUCUAUGACCUGGACAGGAUCAUUGAGCUGAAUGGGCAGAAGCCACCCCUGACCUACAAGCGCUUUCAGGCCAUCAUCAGUCGCAUGGAACUGCCCAAGAAACCAGUGGGCUCAGUGACCAGCCAGCAGAUGGAGAGCUGCAGGGCCGAGAUCCAGGAGAACCAUGACGAAACCUAUGGUGUACCCUCCCUGGAGGAGCUGGGAUUCCCCACUGAAGGACUUGGCCCAGCUGUCUGGCAAGGAGGAGAGACAGAAGCUCUGGCCCGCCUGGAUAAGCAUUUGGAACGGAAGGCCUGGGUUGCCAACUAUGAGAGGCCCCGGAUGAACGCCAACUCCCUGCUGGCCAGCCCCACGGGCCUCAGUCCCUACCUGCGCUUCGGGUGCCUCUCCUGCCGCCUCUUCUACUACCGCCUGUGGGACCUAUAUAAGAAGGUGAAGCGGAACAGCACGCCCCCUCUCUCCCUAUUUGGGCAACUCCUAUGGCGAGAGUUCUUCUACACAGCGGCCACCAACAACCCCAGGUUUGACCGCAUGGAGGGGAACCCCAUCUGCAUCCAGAUCCCCUGGGACCGCAACCCUGAGGCCCUGGCCAAGUGGGCCGAGGGCAAGACGGGCUUCCCUUGGAUUGACGCCAUCAUGACCCAACUGAGGCAGGAGGGCUGGAUCCACCACCUGGCCCGGCAUGCCGUGGCCUGCUUCCUCACCCGCGGGGACCUCUGGGUCAGCUGGGAGAGCGGGGUCCGGGUAUUUGAUGAGCUACUCCUGGACGCAGAUUUCAGCGUGAAUUCAGGCAGCUGGAUGUGGCUGUCCUGCAGUGCUUUCUUCCAACAGUUCUUCCACUGCUACUGCCCUGUGGGCUUCGGCCGCCGCACAGACCCCAGUGGAGACUACAUCAGGCGAUACCUGCCCAAAUUGAAAGGGUUCCCCUCUCGAUACAUCUAUGAGCCCUGGAAUGCCCCAGAGUCGAUUCAGAAGGCAGCCAAAUGCAUCAUUGGUGUGGACUACCCACGGCCCAUCGUCAACCAUGCCGAGACCAGCCGGCUCAACAUUGAACGGAUGAAGCAGAUUUACCAGCAGCUGUCACGCUACCGGGGACUCUGUCUACUGGCAUCUGUCCCUUCCUGCGUAGAAGACCUCAAUCACCCCGUGGCAGAGCCCAGCUCAAGCCAGGCUGGGAGCAUGAGCAGCACAGGCCCAAGACCACUACCCAGUGGUCCAGCAUCCCCCAAACGCAAGCUGGAAGCAGCCGAGGAGCCACCUGGUGAAGAACUCAGCAAACGGGCCAGGGUGACAGAGUUGCCCACCCCAGAGCUGCCAAGCAAGGAUGCCUGAGACUGCAGAGCCCUGCUCCGGGAGCAAAGCCUGGGUGCCUGAGCAGCCGCCACGGCAGCAGAGCACAACCUGCAGAGAAGCUGAUCACUGACAGACAUAGAGCGAAUAUGUGUGCGUGUAUGUGCGCGUGUGCCAAGAGAGGAAUGGUGUGCCUGUUUGCGUGUGCAUGCAUCUGUUUACACUCUCGUGAUUCUGAAAGUUCCCUGGGUUGGAGGAGUACCUGUAGCACACUUCACUGCCAGUGCUGUUCUCUGGCCUCCACACACAAAGCUAGAGGUCAUGGCAGUGAUUUUCAGCCAAGAGCUGUCCCUACAAGCCAGCUGCCUUGUCUGAAUAGUACAUAGUGGUAGGACCCUAGCUGGGAUUCUGGCACGUGUCUCCCUAGACCUCCCUCCCUCCUCACAUCAGACUGAGAGCAGGAGGGCAACAGUUUUGGCUCUUGUUCAAAGCACGGGAUUCUAGAGGCAGCCAGAGUCCUGCUGAGUUCCUGUUUUCUGACCCGGAGGCUGUGCGUAGUGGAUGGAUGCUGUCCAGACUUAGCCACCUGGUCUUGCUUCUUUGUUUCUUAUUUUAAAAUUUUCUGCCACUGGCUCCUCCAGACCCUUCUUUGGGCGUCUGGGACUGAGCACAAGACUGUAGACAGAUCUGAGAAGUUGCGGCCACCAUAUAGAAGUAUACCCAGUACCUUACUAGUGUGGUAUAUGCCCAGGACUGUAGAUAGUGGCCUCAGGCAGCACAUCCACCUUCUCAGGGCUUAGAACCUACGGUUAAGAAUAGAAUCCCAGUUCUCACUGUUCCUUUCCCAGAAGCCAAGAGCCAGCCUCAGAGCCUGCCCAGAGGCUGUGGAGCAGCCAGGGUCAGACUUGGUCCCUCUGCCAGGAGACCAGGGCCCAGGUAGCCUUAGGCCCUCUGGCUCCUCUGGCCACACUCCAAGGCACCACAGUGCUGCCAGUGAGGACAACUGACACCCAGCCAGGAAAGCCAUUCCAGUCUUUGUUCUAUAGGCUUCCAGGGCCUGCCCUGAACUAGUCAGCAUCCAAACUGCCACAUCAGCUACCCCAGUCACUGGGCUCUAAGGACUCCAGCAGAGGGAGGGAUGCAGGGCAGGGCAGGCCAGGGGCAGUUGGCAAAAGUCCAGGUGGAGAUCACACACAGCACACCAUCCCUUCCAGAAGCAGUAGGUGGGAGGUUUGACCCAGAGAAGCCAAGCCUUGCAUUCCAGGAAUGGCCUGUGCCUCCCACCUCUCCCUUCCCACUGUCAAAGGCCUGUGUUGAGAAAGACAUAAUGAAAAGAAGGUCUGUGUGGUCAACUGGAGCAAGUCUUCCUUCCACCCUGUGGCCUGCACUUGAGCCACAAAGAGUGUGUGUGUAUGUGUUGUGUGUACAUGUGUGUGUACGUGUGUAUGUAGCCAAGAGGGUAAUUCCUAUUGGGAUUUUGUCCUCACAUGUAACGUUAAGCUGGCCUCUGGGCCUUUUCCUUUCUACCUCCCCUGUGACCUUUCCUAGCCUCAGAGCUGUCCCUCACUGUCCUCUGUUCUCGGACCAGAACCAUAGGGUCAGGCCCCUAUCUCCCACAGCUGUCCAGCACCUUGACAGGCUUCUUCCUGAGAUGUCCUCAGGUUUUCUCAGCCAGAGAGCUGCCUUUAGAGUCCAUGAUGUUGUAUGUAUGUCACCCUCCCUAGAAAUGUCCAGUAGUCACGUGGGGGGAGCAGGGCACGGGUGAUGGUGUGUAAUCAGAGCAGUGACUCGGGGGCUUCCCUGUUCCCUGGGAAGCCAGGAGGAAAGAGAAUGGGGAGCUUUUGCCAGAAGGAGAGUAGAAUGAACCUGCAGGGCAAGUCUGGGAAACUGAGAAGGCCAGAGGCUGAGGGCCAGAUUCAGUAUUCGUUAGCAGUUAGUAUCUGCCUAUUUGAUGAUGGCUCUCUUCCCUAAGGUACAAAUUGGCAGGACCACCUCCCCCUUCUCCACCGUCCCUGGCAUGCUGGCCUGUUCCCAGGACAACCUGCCAGUGGAGUGGGGCAGUGCACUCCCAGAGCCAGGAGGGGAAGCACAGGAGAAGGUGUAUCCAGUGGCCUGGAGCUCCACAAUAGCUUCAUGCCUCCCUUUUCCUAGCCCAGGUGGCCCUGGGGGCUGCCACAGAGCAGUGCCCCAAAUCCUGACCCAAGGGCCAGCUUGGGGAAGAGAUGGUCGCAGGCAAAAUGCACUUUAUAGAGAUUUUCUAUUGCUGGGAAGGUAUGUUUCUCCCACGGUUUGUUUGUUAAUAUUCACUUGUUUUAUAAACGUCUGAUCCUGUCUGAGUAAA